CAAGUUCAGAGCUCCCUGAACCUGAAAUCUGUUCGAAACAGAGGCCCUCUCAAAAUUCUCAAUCUGCCACCGCAUCAACGAGGUGGGGCCCAGCCUCCGUGACGUCACGACACUGACUUGGUGGGCCCACCUAUCAGGCCUGUCCACGUUGACCACAUCGCGUCACACCGUCCACGACUUUUUUUUUUCCCCUGAUUCCCUCGCAGCCAGGGCACCACUCCUUCUAGAGGAAAAGGAUCGAUUUUUUUUCUUCCCCAAUUUCUUCCUGGUGCUCACCUCCUCCUCCCCCGGGAUCUUCCAGAAGCUUCCAGAACUGACCUUGGUGCGGGCGAGAUCCAAGGAGGAGGGUUUCCUGCCAUGGUGAAGGAUACCGCGUACUACGACACCCUGGGGGUCAGCGUGGACGCCUCCCCCGCCGAGAUCAAGAAGGCCUAUUACCUCAAGGCGAAGCAGGUGCAUCCGGACAAGAAUCCUGGGAACCCCGAUGCGGCGCAGAAAUUUCAGGAACUCGGAGAGGCAUACCAAGUUUUAAGCGAUCCUUCAAAAAGGGAGGCUUAUGAUAAGCAUGGAAAGGAGGGGCUUCCUCAGGAUAACAUGGUGGAUCCUGCUGCUGUCUUUGGGAUGCUUUUUGGAAGUGACUAUUUUGAAGAUUAUGUUGGACAGCUUGCACUGGCAUCCAUAGCAUCAGUGGAAGUCGAGGAAAACUUAAACAGUCAAGAAGCAAGAGGGAAGGUUCAAGAGAAAAUUAAAGAGUUACAAAAAGAAAGAGAACAGAAGCUUAUUCAGAGCCUAAAAGAUCGACUUCAACCAUUUGUGGAUGAGAGAAAGGAUGAAUUUGUUAACUGGGCAAAUGGGGAAGCUCAGCGGUUAUCCCAUGCAGCUUUUGGCGAGGCUAUGCUCACCACUAUUGGCUAUAUUUAUGUGCGACAAGCAGCGAGAGAACUUGGAAAGAGUAAGUUGUAUAUGGGUGUACCAUUCAUAGCUGAGUGGGUCAGAGACAAGGGCCACUGCAUUAAAUCACAGGUUAAUGCCGCUUCAGGCGCUAUCGCUCUGAUGCAGCUACAAGAAGGGAUGAAAAAGAUGGAGGAAAGUGACAAUAAGGAGGACCAGAUUAUGAAGAGUUUCGAGGAGAAAAAAGAUGCCAUGCUUAGUUACCUAUGGAAAAUUAAUGUGGUUGAUAUUGAGUCAACACUUACACAUGUUUGCCAAGCAGUUUUGAAAGACGCCAGUGUCCCAAAAGAUGUUCUGAAGUUACGAGCAAGAGCAUUGAAAAAGCUUGGGACGAUAUUCCAGGGUGCGAAGUCUCUGUACCAUCGUGAAAACAGCCUACAGGUGGAAACCAGCCCACGGCAGGGAGCAGCAACAUCGAACUGAAGACUGCAAAAGUACAAAAAGGAAAAAAAAAAGUACACCUGACAGACGCAAUUUCUGGUUUUUUGGAGGUGUCGUCUCUCGUGUCCGUUUAUUCAUUUUUGUAAGAUUUUAGACGACGCGUAUCGUUCUGGAUAAAAUUUGCUGUUUGAUUUGGUCUCCGUUUUCUUUGUAAAAAUGGUGAUGCUGUCGUGAGCUCUGAACACGAAGAUUUUGUUGGUGCUCUGCAACCUGCAUAUUACUAGCUUGGGCUAUCUCGUUGUAAGAUUUGCA